AUGGAGGACGCGGGAGUGGACAGUAGCCUCACUGCAUGGACCAUCAACUACCUCUCAGACCGACCACAGUACGUGCGGCUGCGCAGCUACGGCAGCUACAAGAAGAUUGGAUACUACGACAGCACCAAAGGCAAUCUGUCCUGGUACGGCAACGACAAGUGGAUCGGUGAGCGGCAUCCAUCACUGUCCCGGGCCCUAAUCCCCGUUUCCCCAUGA